AUGAAGUCCAUGGAAACAUACAUAUGUUACUUUUUUUUCCUCGUAAUUAAAUAUGUGCAGUGCCAUGACAAUGAAUUAUACGAAUAUCUCAAUAGAACGGAUCGCUCAACAUGUCAACUUUACGAGUUUAAGGAGGACCAUCCGAAACCUAUUGGAAUAUUAACGACAAGCUCAGGAAAAUUAGUGGAGAUAAGAGAAAGUAUCGGCUUAAAUUCAGAUGUCUUUUCGAAUCAGUAUAAUAUAGACUUAAUGACUCAUACUAAUGCUGAAAGAGUUCCGGAAAGGUUAGUACACGCUAAGGGUACAGCUGCAUUUGGUUAUUUUGAGGUAACUAACGAUGUAUCGCAGUAUACAAAAGCAGAAGUAUUUAAUGGCGUUGGAAAAAAAACUCCUGUCGUUGUUAGAUUUUCAACAGUUAUGCAAAGUCUUGGUGGAAAUGAUCUAGCCAGAGAAAUAAAAGGGAUGGCUGUCAAAUUUUUUACGAAAGAAGGAAACUUGGAUCUCGUAUCUCUAAGCUUUCCUGUCUUUUUCCAUAGAGAUCCAGUAGAUUUUCCACAUUUCGUACACGCACUAAAGAGAAACCCUAAAACUAACCUUUUUGAUUUCUCUGCUCGUUGGGAUUUCAUAACUAAGAAACCUGAAAGUUUACAUGGUCUUCUAUGGUUGCUCUCAGAUUAUGGUAUACCAAAUGGAUACAGAAAAAUGGACGCCUUUCCUAUUCAUACAUUUCAAAUAAAUAAUAAACACGGUGGCAGAUAUUUUGUCAAAUUUAAUUUUAGAACUGAACAAGGAGUAGAAAAUCUCCCAUCCAGUGAAGCAGAAGCCAUCACGGCACGUGAUCUUGAUUACUAUACCAGGGACUUAUAUAAUGCAAUUGAAAAUAAAAAUUAUCCCGUUUGGACUUUGGAAAUGGAUAUUAUGUCAUUCGAUGACAUAAAAAAAAUCGAUUACAAUCCAUUUGAAGUUACAAGGUUGUGGAAAAAAGGCACUUAUUACACCGUGCCUAUUGGUCGUCUUGUUCUAGAUAGAAAUCCUGACAAUUUCUUCAGAGUGUCUGAAAUGAGCGCAUUUAAUCCUGGUAAUCUAGUACCUGGCAUACCUGGUCCACUUGAUAAUUUAUUUAAAUCGAGACGUUCAGCGUACCGCGAUACCCAAAUAUACCGCUUGGGCGUUAAUCACAAUAGGAUUGAAGUAAAUACUCCGUUAUAUUCGAAGGUGUACAAUCGUGAUGGUAAGCCACCUGUAAGGGACAACAUGAUGGAUGCACCAAAUUACUAUCCCAAUUCAUUUAAUGGACCAGUUCCAUAUGUAGACCCAAGUCGGCCUAAAGAACGAUUUACAGUGUUCGAUGUUAAUGCGGUCGAUUUAGAUCAGCCAGAAUAUUUCAUCAAACAUUAUUUACGGAGCGAUCAACGAGAAAGACUUAUUAACAAUACUAUACCAACAUUAGUACCUAUAGCUCCUUAUUUGCAAAGGAGGGCAAUACGUUUGUUGACCUUAACUGAUCCAAGUUUAGGAAGAGAAAUUUCGGAAAAGCUACAAGAAGCGUUAAAACAGCCCCCACCUCCUCCGCUUCCUGUGUUAAAUGGAAGUAAGAAUCUUAAAAGUGAAGAGUACCGACACGGUGUAAUAGAGGGGUACGAUGCGCGGGGCAACGCUUCUAAAUAA